GAGGAGCAGCUUCAGUCCUCCCUCCUCGGUGACUGCAGUGUGUGGUGAACUCCUCAUACCAAACAUGAAGCUGUCAGGACUGCUGCCUGUGUUUCUCCUCCUGUGGGCCGACCGGAGCAGCUCCGGGAUCCAGUCCCACCCCAAACCGUCCUGCCGGUACCCGCCGUCUCAGUGGUGUCGGUCCCUGGAGAUAGCGAUAGCAUGCAAUGUUCAGAAGCAAUGUAUGGAAGUGAAUGCUACCAGAUCCUACCAAGCUGUUCCUCCAGUAUCUGUCACUCUGUACUAUGAGAGUCUGUGUCCGGCCUGCAGAGUCUUCAUCACCCAGCAGCUCUUCCCCACCUGGAUGAUGCUGCAGGACAUUAUGACCGUCACUCUGGUCCCCUACGGGAACGCUAAGGAGCUUCCUUCAGCCAACUCUCCCUUCACCUGUCAGCAUGGAGAGCCUGAAUGCAGAGGAAACAUGAUCGAGGCCUGUAUCAUCCAUUUAACUGGACAUACAGCAUUUCAGAUCAUCUACUGCAUGGAGUCGGCUGUAGAUGUUCUCAACGCAGCCCAGCCUUGUCUCCAGCUGUACGCGCCCUCCGUCACCUGGUUGAGUGUCGACUCCUGUGUGAGGGGAAGUCUGGGUCACCAGCUGAUGCACGCCAACGCUGUCAUGACCAGAGCGCUGAACCCCCCCCACACACAUGUCCCCUGGGUCACCUUCAAUGGGGAAUACACAGAGGAGAAUGAGGACAAGGCGAUGUCGUCCCUUUUCAGUUCUGUUUGCCAACUCUACAAGGGUGUGAAGCCUCCAGCCUGCACAGGAGCUCCGGUCAGACUGAACAGAGGCUUCUGCUGAACUCGACAAAACCAACUUCAACAUGUGUGAAAACAGUAAAUCAUAACCUACAUAAUGUACCAAAUAACAGCAUAAAAAACAUGUUAACAUAUAUUUAGUUUGUAGUUUAUAACAACAGUGUGGAUGUGGAAUAUUAUUAUUAUUAUUUUUUUUUUUUUUUUUAAAGGGGCCUCUUGGGAUUUGAUUGUAAAUU